GUGACUCCCUUCCUUCCGGUCCGCUAAGCGAAGGCCGGAAGUGUCGGUUUGUACAGUCUCUGGGAGUGGAAGGGAGUUGGUAGCGGCAGCUGGAGCAGCGAGGAGGGUCCAGAAACUCUCGGAUUCUCGCGGCAGAGUUAGGGAUUUAACUGCCACCAUGUCAAGCAAAAGAGCAAAGACCAAGACCACCAAGAAGCGCCCCCAGCGCGCGACCUCCAACGUGUUCGCCAUGUUUGACCAGUCCCAGAUUCAGGAGUUCAAGGAGGCCUUCAACAUGAUCGACCAGAACAGGGACGGGUUCAUCGACAAGGAAGAUUUGCAUGACAUGCUUGCUUCCCUGGGAAAAAAUCCAACUGAUGAGUAUCUGGAUGCUAUGAUGAAUGAGGCUCCAGGUCCCAUAAAUUUUACCAUGUUUCUCACGAUGUUUGGUGAAAAGUUAAAUGGAACAGAUCCAGAAGAUGUCAUCAGAAAUGCUUUUGCUUGCUUUGAUGAAGAAGCAACUGGCACCAUUCAGGAGGAUUACCUGAGAGAACUGCUGACCACAAUGGGAGACCGGUUUACAGAUGAGGAAGUGGACGAGCUGUACAGAGAAGCACCUAUUGACAAAAAGGGGAAUUUCAAUUACAUCGAGUUCACGCGCAUCCUUAAGCAUGGAGCGAAAGACAAAGACGACUAAAAAGAACUUCAAACUCCAGCCAAACGUUCCUUGUUGCCACUCUGGGUAUUUCUGAGACUUUCUCUUAGAGCCUGUUGCAUGCCCUUAGCUUUACAGCUUCUGCCUUUCUUGUUGUAUUUAUUCUCAGCCAUUUGGGGCACAUGCAUCUCUAUAAUCAGACUGGAUGUGGGACUUCUUGUCAUUUUAAGAAUAGAAAAUAGGGUAAUUUAACUUACCAGCUGCCGUCUACCCUCCCCGCCCCCAGUAACUGCAGUCUACAGAGUCAAUAUAUUUUUUCAGAGAAGGUUAUUCACUCAAUUUUUUCUGAACCAUAAUUAAACUUUAUGAUAAAAACUUACUUGUUUAAAACUUUUUUAUUUACCAAAAUUGACUUUUAUUGGUCUUGGUGCAUUAUCUAAAGAAGGGGUAGUAAGGCAAAUCCUAGAAAAUGAUAUAUAUGGUUGUUAUACUUACCCCUUACUCCUUCCAGGUUUCCUAACAGUUCUAUUUACUUUAUUCAGUCUUCCCCUCCUUUUAAAAAAUAAUCCAAUUUUUAACUGCCUUCAUGGAGUUUCUGCACUUUGCAUUUUAAAAUAAUUUCCUAUAGAAUUUGCAUAUAUAUACAUAUAUGAUAGCUUCGGUAGCUUUAAAUCCUAAAGUUCAAUAUUGAACCUGCCAGCAUCCCUCCAAAUCUGUUCUAAGCUUUUUGUACAUUCCUUCAUGUCGUUUAAAACUAGACCAGGCCACUGAGAGCAAUUUUACUUUGUCCUAAUUUUUAAAACUGUUUUAACCCCCAAAGGUUCUAUGGAAUGCUUUUAUCAAAAAGGCAGAUUUUUCUGUAUUGCAUUUCAAAGUGUUGGAAAUAGAGGGUUUGUUUUUUUUUCUGUAUGUAGUUUCUUUUUAACACGGUCCCUGUUGAAACACCGUGUUUAUUUAUGCAGAGAUUCACAUGAGUUCAUGGGCAAAUCUUUGACAUUCCUGACCUGCCCACAGUCAGAACAGCUGAAGCUACAUGCCUGGGAAAGUGAGAUCAUUAUUUCAAUCCUAAAAAUAACUUCUGCUGUUUGCAGGAAUGCAGGACUGUUUUCAGAGUUAAUCAGGAAAUGGUAGACAGUUUCAUUUACUUUGGGCUUCAAAAAUCUGACUCUUGAAGAUUCGUGAGUUUAAGAAAGAUCUUGAAACACUGGGGGAAAGUUAGGUGGGAAGAGUGGAUGGACAAUUAGGCUAUGAAGAUGAAUAAUGGACUGUUACUCAUAAUUUUAUACUACUAAUAACAAGACUAUGCUUGGACAAAACUAUUACCUCAGUGAACAUGCAAUUACUGAAUGCCUUUAGGGCAUAAGACCUUCACACUCAACAGAAUAGGUGAGCUGGAUUCUUUUACCUCAUGAGGCCAGCUUUACAGAACAGGGUUGGAAGGACCAGUGAUGAGACUGCUCCUUGCGCCUUUUAAGAUUAGGCUCUUAGUACCUGCCUUAACUCUUGCCUUUAGAGUGUUCCUGAAUUUCAUCAAUGGUUUAAAUAAGCAAAGUACUUUUUUCAGGCUAUAGCCAUGAUGCUGAAAUUUUGUUUGUUGAACUAAAUUUACAUUUCAACUGGAAAAAAAAUCACUUCUGCUUUGUUAACAAAUUUCCAGUGAAGAACAAAUAACACUGUUCCCAUACUGGGAGGGAAAAAAGUAGCCUCAUCUACUGAAAUGAUCUCUUGCAGUGUCUCCAUUUCCAUUUCAGAUAACUGCUCAAAGAACCAGCCACCAUUAGAAACAGUGGAUGGUCUCCCCUGAAUGAAAUGUCUCCUCAUUUAGUAACAGCAUUCUCUACGUGGAAAGUAGGCUUUGCAUAAUUAAGAUGAUUGUCAGUAAAACGCUAAAGCGUGUACUCCAACAGUGAGUGCGUUUGUUAGAAAAACCAGCCUCCAUGAUGAAAAGCCAUACUUAAGAAACCACUGCAAAACUUCUGAUGAAACCAGCCUAAUGGGGGCAGCCUCCUUACCCAAUUGCUUAUGGUGACAGUGUCAUUCCGACUCCAGGGCCCUGACUUGACUUGAUUGAAGAGCCUCUAUGCCUGGUUGAGAGCAGCAGUUUUUGAGUGCUGCUGGAAGAAACAGGAACAGGCCUGCCUUUAUGAGACAAGUGAAAGCAAAUUAUGAAAAGGAAAGGCAACCAUUUUUUACAAGGAAUGAGGAAAGAGCCACAAGAGUUAUAACUAGACUACAGGGUGUGCUGGCAAGUUGUAAGGAGGAUCAGAUAGAUGUUGAAAGGGGCUUGGACAGUAGAUAAAGCCACAAACACAGUGUGAUGGAAACCAGGUGAAUAGUUGGAAGAGUGAGCAGGUUAGUCAAUAGUGUUAAGCCACAGAAAAAUCAAAUAUGGCAGAGUUUAAAGGAGGCCACUAGAUUUGGCAAGUCAGUCACUUCUGCUAGAGCUGUUAGGUAGAGUUUUGAGUGCAGAAUUCAAUGUAGCAGGAGACAGGGACAGUGUCUAGGUUUGGGGUUCAGUCCAGCUGCAUUUUAACAUUGUUCAUGCUCCAUCAUGGCUUUAUAACCUUAAGAAAGUUAUCUGACCCCCUCAACCUCUGUUCAUUUGUAAAAUGGAAGUAAUGCUCUUGGUUCAUAAUAGGAGCAUAAUCUAUGAAUAUAUAAAGCAGCAUUUUUGUGAUUAGGAGCAGUAUGGGUUUUAGAGUCAGACUUGGCUGAGUGAAUUCUGCCAAUAACAAUCUGCCAGUCUGUUAUUUGAUGAGCUUUGUGUCCUUGGGCAGGUCACCAUAAGUGUCAGUUUCCUCACCUGUUUAACAGGGACAGUACCCUCUAUGUUUGUAGUAAAAGUAGAAACAGUAAAGCUAAAUGGUUUGGCAUCCGGUAGGUAUUCAGAUUGUGGUUAUUCUGUUUACCAGCAGGAGCUGUUUGGCAGUGGGAGAGGCUUAUAGGAAAGGCAGGACCACAGGGCAUUUCUUUAGAGAAAAAGUGAAUGAAACCAAAGGAGUGAUGUCUAACAGAAGGAAAGAGAACCUAGAUCACAUGUUGUAGGAUUAUUCUUAGAAAAAUAAAAAUGGAUAGUGCUCCCUCUGAAAACAGCAAAGGGUAGGUAACAGGAGUUAAUCAUAGUUGGAGAUUAAAAGGCUGAGGUUAGUAGUCUACAGUGGUUUGAUAGUAAAUUAUCUCAAACUAGAAUUUUAUUGAAGAGUUGUUAUUAGUAUUUAAUGAGAAUAUACAUAAAAAUGUGUGGUAUAGAGUAUGUCCUUAAACAGUUUACUUUAGAUUUCCAAAUAGGUCCAGUUUGUCAGAAUUGUUUGUAUCUUUCUAGGUCCUCUUUAAGUGUACAAGUUCUUGAUUUCCUGCAACCCUGGUUUUUAUCUUUGCUGUCCUGAAAGUAUUGCUGGAGCUCAUCUUUCAACAGCCAGUUUUCCCAAGUCCCUGUAUCUUUUUAUCCUAGGUUUCUGUGUGACUGCUCAAAUUACAGGCAUCAUAACUUCUAUAUUAAUCUACAUACAUUUUAUAACUGUCAUAAAUACACAACUUGCUUUUUAGUUUAAUGUAUCUUAAAUGGUCAUAUUUUGGCAUACCCACGAUUUUUGUUUUAAGUGUAUUACCUAUUUUUAAACCAUUGUUUUUAAUGACCACAAUAAAUUAUUUUUGAUAAGGGUAUGCCAUAAUUAACCAUUUCCCAAUCACUGGAUACUUAUUCAACUUUUCAUUAAUAAACAAUAAAUUUUUCAA